GAUCUGUGCCAGGCUUCUGGAGUCGCCUCGGCCAGGGCUGUGGGUUGCUCGCUUAUGGGGCGGUGGUUAAGGCUGCGGGGCGCCGCCUGGGGCUCCUUGGCUUUCUCGCUGCUGCGGCUGCUCCUGCUGCUGCGGCUGCCGGGCGGUGGGGCUGCUCCUGCUGCUGCAGCCCCCCAGCCUGCAGCCGCACUCGGGUCGGCAGCGGCGCCCUUGCUUUGCAAUGUCAGCUUGGACAGCCCGCCCGAGCUCCGCUGGCUGCCGGCCCUGCGCCACUUUGACCCGGCCUUCCUGCGAGCCGCGUACGCCCGGAUCAUCCAUGAAGCGGUUCCCAAGUGGGUUCAUGCUAUUAUUCAUCCGCUAGCUGAAGAAAUUGAAUCCUUUUUCCCUCAGCCAUUUGCAGGCGAGGUUCGAGGUCUCUACAAAGCCCUGGGGCUGAACGUUGGGGAUGGAUUGCUCCUCAACUUGGCCUACGAAUGCUCUGCUUUCUGCACCAGUAUUAUUGCGCAGGAUGAUGAUGGAAAUAUAUACCAUGGCCGGAAUAUGGAUUAUCUUUUUGGAGAUAUUUUACGGAAGAUUACCAUUGAUGUGGACUUCUUAAAGAAUGGGCAGGUAAAGUUCAAAGGUACUACAUUUUUCGGUUACGUAGGUUUAUGGACAGGACAAAGUCCACACAAGUUUACAGUUUCUGGAAAUGAGCGAGCUAACGGUUUUUGGUGGGAGAAUGUCGUCGCUGCUUUCCUGAAUCGAAAUUCUCUGGUCAGUUGGCUGGUCAGGACUGUUUUGAAUGAAGCGGAAAGCUUUGAGGCUGCUGCUCUUAUGCUGUCCAAGACGCCAAUUAUAGCUGACGUGUACUACAUCAUUGGGGGCACAACGCCCAGGGAGGGGGCCAUCAUUACAAGAAAGAGAAGUGGGCCGGUAGAUAUUUGGCCCUUGGAUCCUCUGAGUGGAGGGUGGUACCGGGUGGAGACCAACUACGAUCACUGGACAACCCCUCCUCCUUUGGAUGAUCGAAGGACUCCAGCCAUGAAAGCGCUGAAUGCCACUGGACAGAGCAAGAUUAAUCCCAAGUCUCUCUACAAUGUACUAUCAGUACAGCCGGUCUUAAACAACUGUACAGUUUAUACCACUGUAAUGAGUGCUGCAACCCCCGGUGAGUACAUGACACGGAUCAGGACCUUGGAGGGAAAAUGUGAAAGAAGGAAACUGAAAAACACAGGAAAGGCUGGGCUGUGUAUUCAACCCAGGUGCAGAAUAUAAGCACAGAUAAUGGGCACUGCACUCGGAAUUUGCCAUCCUGAAAGAAAAAACCAACUUACUAGUCUCUAAUGAUGUGAAGAUAGCAUGUGGACAAUGCACGGUGAAAUCCCAGACAUGUACAGAGAGCAGACAGCAAUGUCCAAGCGUCAAGAGGAAGGGUUCCUGCAUGAUGGGUAGUGCUCUGACAAAGGAGCAUGAAGUAUGCAAAUAAGCACAGAUAUGCAGAUUCACCUCACCAAAGCUGGCUGAAGAAUUCACUUUUUCCUGGUGCUGAAUUUGAGUGGUGAUGGUGCAUAAUUAGUUGCAUGAUUUUCAGUGGAUGAUGGUCUGACGGCACAUGAUGCAGGGACCUUGCUAAAGCUAAGCAGGUCUGGGUCUGCUCAGUACUGGGAACCUUGUGGAUGCUGCCUUGAAUUCCACGGACGAACAUCAGAAUACACACAGCUGUGGCUGAAAAUGUGUUUCUUAAAUUGGUUUAAGAACGUACCUAUAGCCAACAGAUAUUUCUGUCAAACUCUAAAAAGUGAAGAAAUUGGGCACCUAUAGUGAAUGCACAAGGGGAGCAGGAGACCUGACCUCCUCUCUGAGAUAUUGUAUUGCCCUACAAAUUUGUCAAAAUGCAAACACAAUGUGGGUUGGUCUUUCACAGUCCACUUCCUGUGUAGCUUGGAAGAAUUUGGUAAUAUGUCUCGGCAGAGCUUGGAAAAGUUACUUUUUUGAACUACAACUCCCAUCAACUCCAGCUAGCAUGGCCACUGGAUUGGGUUGAUGGGAGUUGUAGUUCAAAAAAGUAACUUUUCCAAGCUCUGCUCUGAGCAUAUGGUGAGUGGUGGCAGCACCUGUAGUCAGCCCAAAUAACAGAAACAAGACAUGUGCUGUGCAGAUAUUGUUUUAUCCAAACAGCUGUGAGUCUGGCUUUUAGAACACUGAUGGUUCUUACUGAGCAUGCUCGAUGCUAAAAUAAACUUCAAUGUUAACUUUCUUAAAUUAAUUAAAAAUCAGCCAAGCAUUUUUUCAACUUUUAAACUGCAGAAGAUGAAGGUCAGAGUAUGGGGCAAAGUCAGUAAUAGGAUUACAGGUGCUCUGUGAACAUGGCUGAUUUUUAAUUAAUUUCAACACAUUAUGAGACCACUGACAAGUCCAAGAGGGGUCUGGAUUUUUUUUCUCUUGUUUUACACUUUGAACUCUUGAUUCCCUCUGAGUGUUUUGUAUAUCACCAUGAAAACUUAGAGGGUUGUUAAGCAAGCAUUUCUGAGUUCAGGACUAUAGGUUUUGUAACGUUUUGUUUUGAAAUGUUCUUAUGCAAAGCAGCAGAAUGGCAUGGGGGGUAUUUUCAAUUUAACAUUGCGGAAUGUGAAAAAUCCACACUGGCUAUAGUAUAUAGCCACUCUCAUGGCUGUAUAAUGAAUCUUACCGAAGGAUAAAAUAAGGAAGAGUGUAUUCAAAUUUAUUUAUUUAUUUUAUUAUUUGAUUUAUACCCCACCCUUCCUCCCAGCAGGAGCUCAAACGAUGUUCAAAUAGUUAUUACCUGGAAACACAAAUGGAAUAUGAAUAUGCAACUUAAGUUAUAAACGUAACUCUACUCAGAAGAACAAUAUGCAAGACUGAAAUUAAUUACAACUUAACUAUUGCUGAAUCAUACAUUGGCCCACCUAAACUCCACCAGCCCUCUAGUUAAAGCGUACUACAUUAUCCAAGCAGUACCAACUGCAUGGCCUUUAGUUUGAGUGAAGAACAUAGUUUACCAAUCCAGACUGAAAUUCCAGGAAUCAGGCCCCUGUGGUCGUAGAUGCAUAUUACUAGAGAUCAAUCCAGGAAAAAUCCAAGCAGAAAAUUAGUCCAGGUAAAAAUUAAAAAAUAAAAAUGAAAUAAUGAACUCUGAAGCUCACCCAGCGAAGAAAAUAAUUGUUAAAAUUAAUAUAACUGUUAAAGAUACAGAAGACCUCUUGGUUGCCAGGCCCAGCCUCCAAGAGGUCUUCUGUAUCUUUAAAAGUUGUGCAGGGGGAAGGGAGAAUUCCACCUUGUGGUUUUUCCCUUUACAGUGUUGCAAGAACACCUGCACCUGGCUGAAUUUUCUCUUCUCUUAAAGAUACAGAAUCAUUCUCAGGCUCUGAGCCUGGCAACCCUAGUAGACAGCAUAAGACAGAGACCCUAAGGCUAAGUGCAGUCAAAGUCACAUGAAAUCAUACAGAGAAAGAAGGAAAGCAAUAGAGAUAUGCAUAGAUUAUACAUUUCCUCAAGGAAAUCAGGGCAGGGUUAUAUGCUUAGUGAGAGCCAGGCUCUCUCUCCUCCUGCAUAUCCUGGCCAAGCAUCUCAUUCUUAUCUUUCUCCCUAUAUUAUCUCUCCAAGAUCUGCCCCCUUCUGUUUUUUCUUGUUCAGAACAUGUGAAAAGUGUUCUAUACUGAGGAUCAAUUCUCUAACCAUUUAGUUCCCAUGACAACACAUUGCCUGUUGUUUACCAAACAAAACAACGAGCCUGGCCCCAUUUAACCCUCUUCUGUUCAGCUCCAGUCCUUUUAUUUAAAAUGGAAAUUUAAAGUGGAAACUCCACAGCUUCCAGUCCGUCUUUAGCCGUAUCUCAUCUUUAAAAUGUGAUGUGAAUUCAGUGCUUCCAAGGUAACAUGCCACAAACUGAGGCGUCUCCCCCCCCACGCACACACCAGAGUCCUUGUUUGUGAAACUGUUUUGAAGUCAGCAAGAAGUGUGUUGCCAUGGGCUUUAAUAAGAUCAAGAUGUCACCCUAAGUGUUGCUACCUGCUUACCAACACACUCUGCUUUAACCUCCAAGAGGGUUAAGUGCACUUUGCAUUGACCCAGAACAGGAGGCAUCAAUGCAAAUGGUUGGAAGUAAAUUCUGGACAAAGUAUUCAUGAUACACAAGAGGCGGCAAUGAAUAUUAUCUUAGCUGGCUUUUCAAAAAGGACUAGAUACAUUCAUGGAAAACAAGUCACCCCAGUGUAUGGCUCAUGAAUUGAAGCAGAUAACUGGAAUAGUACCCGGGGGGGGGGGGUUUGCUAUUGAUGUAUCAUAUUGUACCUCUUUCAGUCACUAGUUUUACUGUAUUUUAUUUUGUAGUAGUCUAUUCACUGUUUGGGGGGCAGGCAAAAAGUGGUAUAGAAAUAAACUGAUGAUAAUAA